CUCUGAGCACUGGAGAGAAAGGAUUUGGAUAUAAGGGUUCCUCCUUUCACAGAAUUAUCCCAGGAUUCAUGUGUCAGGGUGGUGACUUCACACGCCAUAAUGGCACUGGUGGCAGGUCCAUCUACGGAGAGAAGUUUGAGGAUGAGAACUUCAUCCUGAAGCACACGGGUCCCGGCAUCUUGUCCAUGGCAAAUGCUGGACCAAACACAAAUGGUUCCCAGUUUUUUAUCUACACCGCCAAGACCGAGUGGCUGGAUGGCAAGCAUGUGGUCUUUGGGAAGGUGAAGGAAGGCAUGAACAUUGUGGAGGCCAUGGAGCGUUUCGGGUCCAGGAACGGCAAGACCAGCAAGAAGAUCACUAUUUCCGACUGUGGGCAACUCUAAUUCUUCUGACUG